CAGCACGCAAGGAAUUGCAAAAGGUACGCUGCGUUGUGAGCGUCUUUCUAAGAUGGCGGAUAUAAAUGAUGCCAACGUUCGGAAACAAAAUGCUUCAAAUUACUCCAAAAAUGAUUUUCAUAAUAACUACGAAAUUAGGUACAUUUUUAUAAAUAUGAUUAAAUUAGGAAACACUUUGAAGAGCUUGACAACAUUUACUGAUUGGGGUGAUUUGUUUACCUAGUCUCGCUCUCGCUCUCUGACAAAACAACGCUUAUCAAGCCGCCUUUUUAUCAGAUGAUUGGAAAAGUGGAAAAAGUGUAAUUUUAUUACAUAUAUCUGCGUAAUAAAGUAGUAACUGCAGAGUUUUUUGGACUUCGUCCUUACCGUGAAGAUGCCUAAUAGAUAUCGGAAGUAAUGUUCGUCUUGAUAUGGAACGUUCACUCGAUACCCAGGUCGAUAAAUUACGCAAGAGAAGUCGCAUUUUAUUGGCUCGGUUAGAAGAAAAUUCUUGGAAAGUUAACCAAGAGAUUAAAAAAUUGUGUUUUGAAACUUCAUCCCUGAAUCAAACCUUCAACGAACAAAAAGUUCUCUCUCCAAGAAUCUCAGAAUUUUGGCAUCUGAGAAACAAUUCUCUUGGCGUUGGUAGUGCCUUGUGUCCUGAUUAUUUUACCCUGAGUCCUAACUAUCAUUCUGUCUCUGCACCAAUCAUGAAACAGCAGAGAAGACUAUUACUAUCAACGAAAAAAAGCGAGGAUGAAGUUCAAAAUCCCAAGCCAGUCAAAGAAUGUUACUGUAACCGCCUAACGCGUAAAAUGCAAUUUAGAUCGACAAGAACAAAAGUAAAACCCACACCAUGCAGUCACUGCAAAAGUCUAAUGGAUUUAAGACCAACGGCUUGGGUAGAGAGUAACGACAUUCAGCAAACAAAUCAAAGAAAUUCUCAGAGCUGCGAAACCGUGCGAAGAGUUAACAAAAUAAAUUACUCUCCACAAUCCCAGUUCCUACAAAAUAAAAUUACUUCUAGCCACAAUCUUUUGGAUGAUGGAGUCUCGAAAAUGUCAUCCAAAUCAGCUUCUAAGUUCUUUUCCACACAUCCUUCCAGUGCCGGUGAAAGAGUUCAAAAAACGUUCAAACCAGGGCACUCUAUUUGCAGAAAUAUCCCAUCAGAAUCUCUGCACGAAUUUAAUGAUGAGCCAGCAGAAACUAGCAAAAAAGUGUCUGUUUCUAAACACGUUUGUUCUCAUUCAAAUCAAGAAUCCCAAAUUGCGUCUAAGAAACCAUCGAGAGAAAUGUUAGCAAAGAGGACGAUAUCUUCGAAAAAGACUACUUCAAAAGACGAUCAGUCUCGGAACAGUCGCUCUCGAUCUUAUCACUCUAGAAUAUCUAGACCAAUCAACCAGGAUCAUGAUGUAUUUUAUGGCGAAGACUACUUUGGAGAACAUGAUGUAACUCCUAAAUAUUCAAAAAUAACAAGUAAAGCUUCAAAACUUCGUAACUGGAGAGAACUUUUUCAGGAUGAGAAUAAUGAUAUGAUGGAUUUGCACAAGUUUCGCGAGCAAAAUUAUUUUGAUACGCAUGGUUCUACCCAAACUCUCUUAUCAUCAAGAUCAUCAGGUUCUCUCGAACAUCUUUUACUAAAUGAAAGAUUAUUUCCACAACCGGCUGGCAAGAUUCACCGAGGAGAUUUGGUGGUAACGAUACCGCCAUGUGCAACAAAACAAAGAAAAAGAAUCCAUUAUUUUCCGCGAUUUGUCGUCAAGCAGGAGAAGAAUUAUGGGACAGGAAAACAAAAAAAUUGUCGUAGCUGUCCGCUAACUGGUCACGCGAUUGAUGUCAACGCUUUGAAAAUUCAACAUCCCUCUAACAGCUUAGCGUUGAAAUUUCAGAAAGGAGUUCCCUGAAUAUUUUGAGAAUCAAGUGGUCAAGUAAUUUAAGUUGACUAUUCACCAAUUAAGAGUAAUUUAUCACUUGGAGUUUCCAUCAAAACAAUUAACUUUUUAGUGAGUGUGCAGAAAUGUAUUGUAUGUCUCUUCUGACAAGAUGACAAAAUUUUAAUGAAUAUUUAUUGACUGUCGCGGCCGUUCUGAGAAAACUCCUUUCUCGUUUUAUUUAUUUUGUGCACGUUGGGAUUUCGUAUUUUCUUUUUUUUUUCUAGAUUAUUUUUCAGCCGACCUCUAAUACUUUUUUUAAAUUUUAGGAGAGAAGAUAUAAAAGUGCCUAUUAAGGAAGAUUGUAGUAGAGAGUUUCUAGUCAGUUUAUAUAGAAAGUAAAUUAUAAAGAAGUAAUUUGAAAUUUCGCGAUUACUUCAGAAAUACCCUGUCCAGAAUGAAAAGUGUUUACUACUGACAUUUGACUUUGGACCGUUUGAAAAUGUAAUCUAUACUUCGAAAAAUUUUAUACAAGAAAUGCUGGUCACGAUUUGAAUAAUAUUAUGUAGAUUUAACAAUAGAUUUAAUUGAGUAGAAGAAA